GAGGGAGGGAGGGAGGGAGGCCGGGCAAGGGGCGGCCCGGCCGGCCCGGAGCCCCGCGCAGCGGCAGCAGCAGCCCGCACCCCGCCGGCGACGGAGGCAGGUGCGGACGCUUCCGCGUCGCGCUGCGAGGAGGAGGAGGAGGAGGCGGCGGCGGCGGCGGCGAGGGCGGGCGGCCGGCCCCGAGCCUGGCCGGCGUGCCCGUAGGCGUGCUCCCCGGCGGGGAGGGCCGCCCGCAGCCCACACCUCCCGCCGCCGCUAACUUUGCUUCUUCGCGAAGAGCCGCCCUCCGGCAUCCAGAGGGUCGGCGGAGUCCCGGCGGUCCCGAGCCGCCCCCCGCGAUGAAGGGCCGCCGGCGGUGGCGCUGGCGGGGGGAGUACCGCCGCUUCGCCGCGCUGCUGGUGCUGUACACGCUGCUGCUGCUCCUGCUGGUGCCCUACGCGCUGGACUAUGGAGCCCGGCGGGGGCGGGCGGACGAGGAGCCGCUGCUGCGGCGCUGCCCCAGCCUGGAGGAGGCGCUGAGCGAGUGGGGCUGGGAGCAGCGGCAGCCGCCGCUGGACGAGGAGGAGGAUGAGGAGGACGGCGGCACGGCCGGGGCGGCGGGUAACGGCAGCGCGGCGGCGGGGAAGCGGCACAUCUACCUGCACGCCACCUGGCGCACGGGCUCCUCCUUCCUGGGGGAGCUCUUCAACCAGCACCCCGACGUCUUCUACCUCUACGAGCCCAUGUGGCACCUGUGGCAGGCCCUCUACCCGGGGGACGCGCUGAGCCUGCAGGGCGCCCUCCGCGACAUGCUGCGCGCCCUCUUCCGAUGCGACUUCUCCGUCCUGCGCCUCUACGCCGCCCCGCCCGGCCCCCGCGACCCGCUGGCCCCCGCCCCGCCCGCCGCCGCCAACCUCACCACGGCCGGCAUCUUCGGCUGGCGGACCAACAAGGUGAUCUGCUCGCCGCCGCUCUGCCCCGCCGCCCCGCGGCCCCGCCGGGAGAUCGGCCUCGUCGACGGCGCCGCCUGCGAGGAGACGUGCCCGCCGCGGGCGCUGCGGGAGCUGGAGGCCGAGUGCCGCAAGUACCCGGUGGUGGUCAUCAAGGACGUGCGGCUGCUGGAGCUGGGCGCCCUGCUGCCGCUGCUGCGGGAGCCCGGCCUCAACCUGCGGGUGGUGCAGCUCUUCCGCGACCCCCGCGCCGUCCACAACUCCCGCCUGAAGGCCAGGCAGGCGCUGCUGCGGGAGAGCAUCCAGGUGCUGCGCAGCCGCCACCGCGCCGAGCCGCGGGGGCCGCCCCGCCACCAGCAGCAGCAGCAGCUCCUGCUGCCGCCCGGCCUGCUGGGGGGCGGGCGGGCGCCGCAGCCGCAGCACCGCGCCGAGUUCUUCCUCGGCGGCGCCCUGGAGGUGAUUUGCCAGGCCUGGCUCCGCGACCUCCUCUUGGCCCGCCGCGCCCCGGCCUGGCUCCGCCGCCGCUACACGCAGCUGCGCUACGAGGACCUGGUGCGGGAACCCCGCGCCCAGCUGCGCCGCCUGCUGCGCUUCGCCGGGCUGCCCGUGCCGCCCGACCUGGAGACCUUCGUGCUCAACAUGACCCGCGGGGCCGCCUACUCUUCCGACCGGCCCUUCCUCAUCUCCGCCCGCGACGCGCGGGAGGCCAUCCAUGCCUGGCGGGAGCGCCUCAGCCGCCAGCAGGUGCGGCAGGUGGAGGCCGCCUGCAGCGAGGCCAUGAGCCUUCUCGCCUACCCCCUCAGCGGCGGCGACGCCCGGUAGCCCCCCAGCCCCGCGGCCGGCGGGGAGAGUCCGCCGCCGGGUGAGAGCCGGACCGGCGGGGCCGGGCGGGGUGUCCGCCAAGGACGGGCCCGAGGACGGGGCGCCGGGGGCCAGGCCGUGCCAUGGCGGGAGGACGGGCGCCGUCGGGCAGAGCCGAGCGAGGGGACUCACAGCUGGCGUGGCGGCGGCCUGCGCUUCACCUCGGUGGCCGGGGGCUCCUGCGGAGGGCAGCCCUGUCAGAAGGAAACCCGCCUCGCCUCAGGUAUAGGCAGCGCUGCAGGGUCCAGACCCCCCGUCCCGCCGCUGGCUCGGUGGGGAUGUGGUUUCUCUGGGAACUGCGGCCACCCCAUGCCGGGGUGCGUGGAGAGGGCACUCGGGGUGUUUUAUUUAAGAGAAGGGUUUGGUAAGAGGUGUCCUCUGGGCACGGCCUCAGUCUUGGAGCCCUUUUAACGUGAAACUGUGACCACGUGCAAAGCACCGGCGUUUUUAAAAAAAAACUGCAUCGAAACUUAAAACCUCCCCAAAUCAAGACUCUCAGCAAGUAACCAGAAGGCUUUAAAGGUGUUGCUGCGAGAGCAUCGCCUUUCCCGAGCACUACAGCACGCUCGGCUCUGUUGUGUUGCUACUGAAAGACGUAGAAGGGGCUUCUGUGGAGUUGGCCGCAGAGGUCAGUGGAGGCCUGGACGGGCAGGAGGGUGCCUGCCGCAGGGAAGGACUCAGCUUCGCUGCUGCUGGCCGGCUGGCUCUGCCGGGAUGGGCUCUGCCCGUACGGGGUGCUGAUGCUCUGGGAGGGGGGCACCAGUCGAGAGAAGGGGAACCGUGUCCAACUCUGUCCAUCAUUCAGAGCAGUGGGGUGAGCAGUCAGGCAGAGAGGGUAAGCGUUGGCCUGCUUCCGUGUUUCAGAGAUGUUUGUGGAAGAAAUCUUUGCUUUUCUAAAGAAAUCUGUAAUUUUUAAAGUAGGAUUUUUUUUUGUAAUAUAUUGAUAUAGUUAGGCGGUGAUAUGUGAGAUACAGGUGACCAAUAUGUUUCUUAGGGACACGCGUAGGGGUGACUGUAACUGGAAGGUGAACACUUGAUAUUUCCAUUUUGUUUUCUCAGCCAAAUGAGAGAAUCACUUUUCUUCCCUCGCUUCCGGGCUGACACAUUGUGCCGUGCACAGGGUCCUCCUGGUCACAUCCCUUCCGAACAAUAACAUCCUUUCAGCUGGCAACUCCUGGACAAAAGCAAAUGUUUCCUAACAAGACCAAGGCAAAUUAAUUGUGAAGCUCCCAAAUAAAAGCUUGUAUUAAAGAAAAAGAAAAACUUAAGUUUCAUUUUGGAUUUUAAAAUGACAUUUUCCUGUAGACAUCCUGCAACUUGUACGAGAAGAGUGUGUGUGUGUGUCUAUGUACGAGUACCUUUUUUUCUUAAUUUCUUAAUUUGGGGGGUAGAAGGUUCAAUUGUACUUCAGGGAUGCAGUAUUGUAACUUCUUACAGACUGCUUUUCAGUCCAUUACAAUCUGGCAGCGUUUAGACGGCUCCACAAGAGUUACCGGGUUAUAGGGCUGUUUACAUGCAGUCCUCAAAUACAAACUGAGAACAUGAACUUCAAAUUAAGGAUAAUCCAGGAUCAGGAAGAAAGCUGAAUGUGUAUAAAGUGCUGGAAAUAAAGGCAGUUCAAAGAAGUUACGUUAUCUUGGAGGAAAUGUUUGAAUUGCAUUGUAGGUUUUCGUGCUUUGAAUAUCGUGCUGUAAAACACAUCAGUGAGUUAGGAUGAACCUUCAUUUAUUUUAGCUCUUUUCCUUCCUUGACCCUCCCACCUGAGAGUACAUUGGCACAAGAAGCAGGGUUUUUUCAUAAUCCGAUGGGAAAAUAUAGUCAUAAAAACGUUUCUGAGUAAAUCUCUCCAUGUCAAGGUAGCGUGCUUCAUACAAUUCUGCAUCCUUUGGUUUCUGCUUGAAGUAAAAAUUACAAGGGCUCAUUUUGUGCUGGAACAACCUCUUGUAUUACCUAAGGGUUGCUUACAUAUUCUGUCAGAGGCACUCUGAGAGCAAAAUUUGUCUCUGGGUGUUCUAGUAGUAUUUAAUAAUGGCAUUUGUAUAGAUGGACAAUACCUGUAUUAAUGCCUUGAUGACCUGUGUCAGGUAACCUAAUCUGGAAAGCUUUUCUGGGAAUACACCCAGCCUGGCUCGUACUGACACGUUUGGGAAGAAAAUAAGAUUUUCUUGCAUGCCAAAAGAUGAUACGGUACCUAUUUUCUUAAGUUGGAUGAGAGAUUAAAAUCCAGUAUAUCUUGUUGGUUUGUUUUUGGCAAGUUGCAGUCACAGAUUUGUAUGGUGCAACUGCUCAGCAUUCGCUUCACCUCGAUGGGGAAUCUCAUCUUGCUGUUUCAGGUGGUAAAUGUCUUUCAUGAGAAACUUGUAGGAAUCCACGCUUAGUUUCACUUAACGCUGGUUCAUCAUGAUGAAGAAAGAAGUGUUGCCAUCUAGCUUAACUUGAUUCUUGUAGCUGGGAAGAAAUCCACUAAUCACAAAUUCUUUAGUAUUUUCUGAAGCAGUUUCCAUGUUUGACAUAGAUGCAUUUUCUGUAUCGAGACUUAUUUCUCUCAACAGAAGUUGUUCACUAACACAGUUGCUCUUUAUUAGUGAUUAAUUCAAUUUUUUUCUCACCUCAAGCUGUUCUUGCAAGGUUUUUUUGUACUGUGAAAAGGGCUCUGUUUGGCAAAGCGUGUAAAAUUUAGCAAGUGCAACUUGUGGUUUGCAUUCGGGGCACCCAAGUUCAUUAGAAGACUCUUCAAAACAAUCCACAGGGAAUAUCCAAAGCUGAAAAAGGAGUAAGUAGCCCAGAGUGGGAUCUUGGAGCAGGAUGUGCGAGAGCAUCUAAGACUGGAUGACAGCUGCUUAAUGACUGAUGUUGCAAGACGUGUGCGCUUCAGUCACUAGAAGGCUUUCUGAAACUCCCCUCCUAAGGAGGACAACUAAGGCUCAUCAACAAACGCAUCCUAUUUUUCUCUUCAAGGCAUUUUGAUGGUGUCAGAAAGCAUCAUUCAGGAUGCUUACAGCAGAUCCUUGUUGGCCUUGUAACCCAUACCUUGAAGAAAAAAAAAAAUACUGUCAAAUAUCAGUGUUGGUACUUACCUGGAAAGACAGAAGCAGGUCUGAUUAGGACAACCAGCAUGGAGUGUCACUGGUGGAGGGCUUUGGAAGUAAGCAGAACCUGCGGGAAGCAGGACACCCAUGGUUAAACUGUAUUUUGAGAGCAGCUGGACGUUUAUGGCUUGGUCAUCAGCUUUUUUACAGUCACUGCUCUCAACUGAGAUUUUGAAGCAAUGUCCCAGUUCUGCUGAAUGAUGUAGAAAGCUGAACCAUAACUGCCUCUUUUUAGAGCAGAGGAUGGCAUGAUAAGCAAGGGAACAAUAAACACCUUUUCUAGCCAAGCUGAACUUGGCAGGCUUAGAAUUGGAGAGCAGGACUGAGCCACAGAGCUCUAGUAAUUCAGACUGAGAUUUGGGGAAAAUACCUAUUUGUGCUACCUUACCUAUAAUGACUUAACAACUUUAAUGUAUUAAAAAGUCAUAUUGGGAAAUGGGAACAAAACUGACAAAUGCUCGCAAGACUUAUUUCUAUCAUCUGUUUUUACUUAACUUUUGAUCAUUGUGUGUUUGCCUUAAGGGAGGUAGAAACUUGAGUACUAAAAUUGUAUGUAAAAGGCUGUGAUAUUUCCACACCAGAAUUGUUAAUUGUUCUCUUACAACAUUACAUCUGUAUUUAAAUUGUAGAUUUCUAGGGAGGCAACUGUAGUUACAUACUUCUGAGAAAUGCUUGAAGUCCAGGGCCAGGAAAUACUUAGCCCCUGCGUUACUUGCACUCCCUAGAAUGUUACUGAUGGAGUCCUUGUAGAUACCCAUGAUAUGUACUCGUGUACUUCAGAUGCAAUAGGAAUAGUUAAGUUCUGAGUAUCACCACUUUCAGUAAUCCCAAUGAUAAAUAAACAGUGCAGAACUUCUGGGGUUAUUGUGGUAAUGCAUUUAAACAUCAUUUUAGUAAAGAACUGAGCUCCUGAAAGACUGUGAGUGCCAACAAGCCUGACUGCACGUUCUGUUCCUUUCAAGAGCACAAAGAGUCGCUGCUGACACUCUCUGAUGGUAUCUGGAGUACAGGGGCAGUAAGUACGGUGCGUGGCCCUUCUCAGAAUCACCCUGCAAUCCACGCAGCACUGGGACUACCUUGGAUGUUAUUUUGUCGUUCCUAUUUAACUUGACAUGACACCUACCACCAUGGAGAAGGAGAUGGGAAAACCAAGACUGUCAAAGGAAAUCUUGCACUAGUAGAAGCUCUUAACUCCUUGCUGGCUACAUGCACGUGAGUGAGGGCCCAGAGUCCGGAUUGUCCUUCUUUUGACUGCGAUGUAAAGAGAUGAAUGUUAACUCCAAACUCAUUAAGGUGGUGGUUUUCACUGACCGAGGGACCUGUUGCUGAAGCAUAUCUCUGGCAGUUUCAGCUCUGGGCAAACGGCUGGCAGCUGAUGAAUGUUUUGGUACUUGCAGUCUGUCUGGGUAUUGCGUCCCAGGAAAUUCCUGCUUCCAGCACUGAGGCGUGAAGCUCUGCUGCUGGCCUACAGCACCUACAGCACCAUUUCUUGGUGCUGGUAAAUGGGAAUCGGGUCUUCCCCCAGCGCUUCCAAAUUUUUCAGCCUGUUCCUAAUUGUCCAACUUUGCCAAAUGCCAACUGUGCGUAGGCUGAAACUUUUAAUCCUGGGCUUAAGGUUCAAGUCACUUUGGGAAACUUCAGUCAAAGCAGUGCAUGUUCUUUUGAAGCCAGGGUUAGGCUGCGGUGGUCUUUUGUGUAGGUUCCAAUACUCUCAAAGAUAUUUCUUUGAAAUCAUUUGUCACUUCAGUGCUUUGGGACAGGAACUCCAAUUUGGGUAGGGGAAAUGACCUCUGUGUAGAGGGUGCCCCCCCAUGUUUUGUUUUGACCUCUGCCUUCUAUUCUGAUUUGGCCAAAUAUAUUAAUAUUUGUAAAAAAAAAACCAAAUAGCAUGUGCUUGGUAAAAGUGAUUUUGGUAUGUGUGUGUAUCUUUAUUUUAUACCAAAUAAAAUCUGCAUUGGUUUUACCUUCA